GGCGUUAGCGUCACUACUACCUGUUGAGGUUCAUCCAAGUCUUCAAGCCAGCAGUCUUUCCUUGUAAACCUCGCGUUACUGAUUCUGCAUCUAAAUAAACCCCGAGCUUCCUUCAAUGAAACCUACUUUCCAGUCUUGAUGAACAUCGUUUGGUUUUUCAUAUGAGGAAAGCCAUGAGAACUCGCUCAAGUUCUCCUCCAAUCCAUUUGCACAUCGACGAAGACACUCCGGGCCACGUGCACGUGAAGAGCAAGAGGACGAGUCAGGGGAAGACCAAGGUCGACAGAGCUGACCUCCACCCCACAGCCAAGGUCAAAACUCGGGUGCCAUGGAUACCACCAGGGAAGGCCUCGGUACGGGACACGUCAUACAAGUGGGAGGGGCCAACACACUGCCUUGAGAUCGCACAACCCCUCCCUGAACAUUCCCAGUCUGUGCUGCGACUAGCUGACCUCACAUCAGAGGAGGAAGGAGAAGAAGGGCUGCACGGACGAAUCAGCCAGUAUGAGAGGAAGAUUGACAGCUUACUGACUGAAGUCAGCUCUCUGAAGAACGAGGUGGAGCUGCGGAAGAAGGAGCAGCUGCUGGAGCGUCAGUCGGAGCGGCUGAGUGUCUCCCAGCGCGUCAUCGCCGAGCAGGAGGAGGAACUGGCCGAAGUGGCCAAGGAGCUGGAGGAGACCGAGCGGGAGAACACACACCUACGGCAAUCCAUGGAGAAGAUGCUGGAGGAGACCGACCACAUCAGAUGCGACGGGGACGACAUGCAGACAGACAAAGACGCUCUGCACAGGAAGCUGGUGGAGGCCGAGGUGGACGGGACAGCAGCUGCCAAACAAGUCUCAGCCCUGCGGGAAACGGUUUCCAAACUGUGCGCGUCUGUUGGCGGCAAGCUCUGCGCCUCCGACUCUUCGGCCUUGGACCGUCAGAAGGAGCUGUUGCUACAGAAACUCGGGACGUUUGAAGCGACAAACCGAACUCUGCGCCACCUUCUCAGGGAGCAGCACGCGUCCCAGAUGGAGUCGCGCCGAUGGUCGGAGCAGAAGGACGCAUUGCUCCAGAGACUGGCAGCCACAGAGGCAGACAAUGCUCAUCUUGUGGUGAAACUUCAAGAGAAGGACAGCGAGGUUAAUCAACUCUCCAAACGUAUAGACACUGAAAAGCACAAUGCAAAGAGUGCAGCUGAUUUGUCCAAGAGUCUGGAGUCGACCAGAGCGCAUUUACAAGGACAGCUGCGGAGCAAAGAGGCUGAAAACAACCGUCUCUCUGUGCAAAUAAAGAACCAGGAGCAAGCAGCCAGCCAGCGGAAGGGGGUGAUGGAGCAUCUGAAGGAGCAGCUGGUGAGGCUGAAGCAGCAGGCCGCUGCCGACCGGGAGGCUCUGAAACAGGCCACGCGGGCCCAGAGGCAGCGAGCGCAGCGCGGCGAGGACACUGCUGGCCAGUUGAGCCUCCAGCUACUGGACCUGGAGAAGCAGGUUGUGGAUGCGCUGUCGGCAGCCGAGUCCUGGAAGGGUCACCAUGCUCAAGAGGUGAAGGACAGGAGUAAACUGGAGACGGAAGUGUCAUGGCUGAACAGCCGAAUAGCAGAGCUGACGCAGCAGCUGCAGACCGCGGGGGAGAAAGGCCGAGCGGAGAGAGAGGCCCUGCUGGACUCCUUGCAGGGACUCACCACAGAGACCACUGCUGCCCAACUGGAGAAGCAGUCCCUCAGGGCUACAUCGUCUGCGGUGGAGGAGCGACUGGCCUUGUCUCAGUCCGAGCUCCAGCAGGUCAAAGUCUCAGUCCAGCAAUAUGACAGCCUGCUGGACAGCUAUAAGAUGCAGGUUGGAAAGACCCGGGCCGAGGCGGAUGACUACCGGGCGCGGCUGGCUCGCGCGCAGCAGGAGGCCCAGCUGGUGCGCGGGGAGCUGGAGCGGGAAAUGGAGGCGGUGCGCAGCGAGCUCCUGGGGCGGCUGGCCGCCUUGGAGCCGCUUCCCGAAGCGUUGCGGCGCUCUGAACUCCAGCUGCAGGAAGCGCAGGACAGGGAGCGCAGCCUGGAGAGACGCGGCGCCGAGCUCAGCGCCGCCUUGACCGAGCUCCGCGUGAAGGUGGAGACCCAGUGCAGCCAAGUAGAGCUUCUAAGACAGAAGAACAAGAUGCUGCUGGAGGAGAAGCGACAGCUUCAGCUGCGCGUGGAGAACUUGGAAAGAAAGCUGGGUGAGGCUGGCAGUCAGAACAGCGACCUUCUCGCAGUCAUCGCCAAACGGGAAGACGCCAUCCAGAGCGAACAGCGCCGCCUAGAAGAAAAAACGAGAGAAUGUUGCCUGCUGAGCCGGCAGCUGGAGGAGGCUCUGGGGGAGGCUCACCAGCAGAUGUCAGAGAGCAGAGGACUCGCUGCCACCAAAGAACGCUCCACCCAGUACAAGAUAUUGGACCUAGAGGCUCAGCUUGGCAGGACCACGUCAGAAAUCAAUCAAGUUCGACGCAGCAAGGAGGAGGUGGAGCGGCGGUACCAGAGCCGACUACGGGAUAUGAAGGACCGUCUGGAGCAGUCCGACAGCACCAACCGAAGUCUCCAGAACUACGUCCAGUUCCUUAAAGCCUCCUACGGCGACGUGUUCGGGGACUUGGGCCUGGACAGGUCACUGCGCGGCGCCGCCUCGCCCGUCUGACAGCCCGCCUGUCAUUAGUGGCUCUCGUUGGGGUCAGGAACCCUGGGACAGACCUCCCCACCAUCUCAUGUACACUCAGGGCUUGAUGUUGUCAAGACUACGUGUUUGUUAAAGAUCUUGAAGAUUAUUCUUUCACUUUGCGUGUGCUUAUUUCACCCGAUGCUUUAAUGCACCAACACAAGUUACACCUUAUGUCUUUGUCCUUAUGUUUGGGAUACUGCCGCUUGGUGAAGCGGUGUGUUGAUGACCUUCCCGAGGGUCCGUGGUUCACAGCUCUUCAUGCAGGCCGCUGCCUCGCCGUCGUGCCCGAUGACCGGACCAGUACAACCAGAGCCUUCCAGUGGCACUGCACCGCUAUGCAAAAGUCAGUCGGGACACACUGAACAAAAGAAGGCAGUUUUUGUAUGAAGACAUUUUAUAGACACAAAGGAUUGGAUCUGAAAAGUCAGUUAGUGUUUUACUCGCCAAAAUCAAUAAGAAUUGCUCAUCUUCAUCAUCCCUUCACAGUAGUAGUAAUAUUACCAGUUAACAGACUAUGUGAUGUGCUGGUACUAAUAUUUACUAAAAGUAUAGAUUUGUCUCCUUGUUUACGUGUAAACAGUUCUGUAGCUGUGACACAAUAAGUGCUUUAAUGUUUUGUGCUCUUGGGUUGUACCGAGCUGAAAACAUUGGUGCCAUCACAAGACAGUGUGUCAAAAAAAACCUCUUGGCCGUGCAGUUUCCUACGUUAAUGGAAUAGUUGUUGUCCACGGAGUGCAUUCAUUCGCUGAGUAAUUAAUGCCCACUAUGGGUAACGUCAAUAAACCAACUAAAUGUUUUUCUACCUGA